UUGAUUUGGGUGCAAGUAAAAGGUCAUGUAGCAAGACACAACACAACCCCACCGUUCACGGCAAAUAAAAUGUUUUUGCUGAACAAUGCAUGUGAACAUGUAACACCAAAUGAUUGGAAGAAGGUGGUCAAUAAAACGCGAAGAAUUUUCACAGAAGAUUGGCAACGUGAUGUCCGCUUUGAUUAUUUGUGUGAUCAGGAAUUAAUAAUUAAUCUCGAAGAUUGUUCCAGUGACUCUGAUUCUGAUGACGAUGAUUGUUACUUGCACCCUUGUGUCAAUAAAUUUAUUAUUGCAAUUUUUUUUAUUAGCCCAAAAUAA